ACUCGGGUCGGGGUGCGCAGCGUCUCAAAUACCGCGGGGUUUCCGGCGCCGCCGAGAGAGCGGAGCGUGUCCAGAUCGCGUGACUCCCCCACACUCCGCUCCGCUCCCCCCGCGGCCACGCGCUCCUCGUCGGCUUCCGCUUCCUCCCACCACCUCGCAGCGUUGCAGGGCGUGGGCGUGGGCGGCGGACAUGGCCGGCGAGAAGAAGGUGUUCGGGUUCGAGGAGGUGGCCGGCCACAACGUCACCAAGGAUUGCUGGCUCAUCAUCGCCGGGAAGGUAUAUGAUGUUACUUCUUUUAUGGAUGAGCACCCUGGUGGCGAUGAAGUGUUGCUAGCAGUAACUGGCAAAGACGCAACCAAUGAUUUUGAAGACAUUGGCCACAGUGAAUCAGCAAGGGAGAUGAUGGAGAAGUAUCUCAUUGGGGAGAUUGAUGCUUCAACCAUCCCAGUAAAGCGUACUCAUGUCACUCCCCAGCAAGCGCCCGGCAACCCAGACAAGGGCGAUGACAUGCUCAUUAAGAUCUUGCAGUUUCUUGUCCCCAUCUUGAUCUUGGGGCUUGCAUUUGCUAUCCGGCAGUACACCAAAUCUGAGUAGAUCUGUUAUUACAAUGUUGAUAAUCAAUAUGGUCCAUGAAGCUAUAUUAGGUGAAAUGAUUUGGAUCAAAAGAACUAAAUAAUGAUAUUUGUUGAGGGGAACGGUAUGUUGUAUUGUUAUAUUAUGGAGUAUUAUGUAUCCCGAACAUCCGUGUUACAUAUUUGUGCCCAAAUAUUGUUCAUUUGGAACGGCUGGGAUAUGAAAUAACAUAACAAAUGACUUUCGUAGCGUAGAACA